UUUGUCGUGGCCGUAAGUGAUUUCCGAAGACCAUCACACUCAUCAGUGUGGCGCGUAUGGUGCCGGAAGUUGGUGAUUACAAUUGCGAUACUAGGCCAUAGCUUAGAGCAGGAAAAUAUUUACAAAGCUAGAUAUAUUUAUACUAAACCUCAGUCGUUCGAAGAUUGCGUCGGCGAUGAACUGCCGCACGGCUGGGAGGAAGCAUAUGAUCCGCACAUUGGCCGGUACUACAUCAAUCACAUUGAACAGACUACACAGCUGGAGGAUCCGCGGCAGGAAUGGAAAAGUGUGCAGGAGCAAAUGUUGCGUGACUAUCUCUCAGCGGCGCAAGAUCAAUUAGAAAACAAGCGCGAAAUGUAUGAUAUUAAGCAACAGCGCUUGCAGAUAGCGCAAGAAGAGUACAAUCACCUGAAUAAAUUGGCGGCGAGCAGAAGUAGUUUGUGUUCCUCUUCUAGCUCAAUGAGUCGCCACGAUCCCGAGUUGCUGCGCGCCGAUCUCGCCAUGGCUAAGGAGCGAGUGCGUCUGCUGAAGCAGGAGCUGAAGCACAUCACACACGACAUUAGCUACACACAGCGCGGUAUGAAUACGCUGCACUCGGUGGGCGAGAAGAUAAAUGCGCGCCAAAAUGGCUGCUACGAUAUCGCCGAAGUGCAGGCCAUACGCGAGGAAAUGCUCAAAGUGCACAAGUCGCUGGUGUCGGGUGAGAAGGUGCGCGAAGAGUUGAUGCGCAGUUUGGUGCAGAUCAAGAAUGAACUCAGCCGCCAGCAGAUAAACGACGAAAAUGCUGAGUUGAUGAACGCCGCCUCGCCGUUUGAUCGCGUUUGCGUCGCCUCGCAGACAGAUUUGUGUGGCGCUGGCGAUAUGAAUAGUGGCGCGCGUUUUGCCGAGAUGGCCAAGACAAAGCUACAGUAUUCCGAAUGGCGCAAACAUAUUAAGAAGUUGCAGCAACAGCUAGCGGACCAUGUGGAACGCAUCGAUCCGGGCCAACUGGAGUCCGAUAAGGAUCGCAUUUUGUUGAUACAGGAGAAGGAGAAAUUCCUUAGCGAUUUGAAUAGCAUUUCAAUGGAGUCACGCACACCCGAGGAGGUGCGCGUCAUACAGCAGACACGUCGCAAACUCGAGGAGGAUCUUAAUGAGGCAUAUGAGGCUACUAAUCAAUGCAUAGCGAAGCGUCUGCGCUUCCACGAGGAGAAGCAGCUGCUUGUGGGCGAGUUACAGGAGGCGCUGAAGUCUACAAAGAAACUAGAGGAACGGCUCAAGUCAUUCUCGUCGGAGAGUACAUUCUCCAUUAGCAGCGGUUCUAGUCUGGGUUCACUGUCGACGGCAAGCAGCAAGAGCGCGCUCAGCUUCACCGACAUCUACAUCGACCCAUUCGCGGUCGAUUCACAAAUUGAUGUUAUCGAUCUGCAGCGGCGUUCACAGCGUUUCUACCAGCAACAACAACUGCAAGCCGCCCAGGCGCAAUUACAGCUGCAGCAGCAGCAAUCACAAACGCAUGCGAUAGCACACGCGCAUCCGCAGUUGCAGCAGCAACCCUCAUCUGAGUUGUCGCUAUCGCCGCGUAGCAGCCUUUCAAUGGAAACACCACCCGCUUCACCCAUGAAAUACAAUGCCAGUCCCGAUCAGGUGGCGGCGGUUGCAAGUCAGCGGCUCAAGGAGGAGCCUACCUAUGCCAAUACACCUGCCGGCGCCGGUUUGCCACCGCUGUACCAACCGAGCCCAGCGCUGGCUGCCGCUAUGGCACGCACGCAUGCGCACGAUUUAGACUCGACGCUGCUGGACUGCAUGGUGCUGGAAGCCAAGCUGCAGAAGCUAAACUUAUCCGCGCCACUAAAUCUGGCCGCUGCGCCACUAUCGCCGAUUUCUGAGAAGCCAUCGUUACUGGAUCUGCCGCAAGAAAUGCUCAGCCGUUCCUCGUCCUCCUCGAAUACACGCUCCGUAUCGGCGGCAGUGAGCAAUGAGUCGGUGGCCGGUGACUCGGGCGUUUUUGAAGCGUCGCGUGCACAUCUACCACGCAAAGAGUUGGCUCAAGUCCAAAUUGGUUUAAAGUAUUUGAAGGAGAAGGGUGUACUAGUCGUCUCGCUGGAACGUGCGAACAAUCUUUCAGCGUUGUGGACUGCGACUGCGGACAGCUCACAAGUUUAUUUACGCGCCGCUUUGCUACCCAAUUCGCUUACAUCGAUUCGCACAAAGGCCAUGUCGGACUUUCAUAAGCCUGUAUUUAGCGACACUUUUGCCGUGCCUAUAACGCUUAGUAAACUGCAGACAAAGAGCUUGCAGGUGACUGUGGUCAGCAUGACUGGACAGAAGGAGGAAAUUAUCGGCACAGUACAGAUAAGCAUGGCCGAAUUCAAUCCCGAUGAUUCCACACUCAAGUGGUAUAAUGUACUCAGCUCUAAAUUUAUGCCAACCUUCGAGCCGCUAGACAUGCCGUCGACGAGUGCUGCGGCUGCAGCUGUCGCCGUCAGUACAGCUACUGCGAAGCAUACGCCCACAACUAGCGCUAGUGGCAGUGUACCAAACGCCGCCAAGGAGGAGUCAUCCGAUGAAUCGACCAUCACUUCGUCACAAACGUCAACUUUGACACGCAAUCAAGUGCCACCGUUCGAUGUGCAGGCGCAAAUCACUGAAGAAAUGCAAGAACAAUUAACCGUCAAUGACGAGGAUGACGAAGAUGAGGAAGACGAUGAUGAGGACGACGACGAUGAUGACGACGAAUUGGAGGGACUGACAGAUGCUGACUUCACAAAGAAAAUGCUGGAAGCAUACAAUUGCAUCGACCUAAUCAAGCAGGAGUAUGCCGACAAAGAAACUAAUACAGAGUGCGCGUUUCCACCCGAAAAGUCGCGCGCCUCCCAGCAGCAACAGCAAAUGGCCGACGACAGGCCGGUAAAACGUUCGCAGACUUUCACACCUUCGGCGGCCGUCAACAAAAAUCGCUACAUUUGUCGGCUGAACCGCUCCGACUCAGAUUCGGCUAUGCAUUUCGGCGUUACGCCGCAUCCCUUCCAUCGUGGCGCUUUGGAGCGACGUUCGCUGCGUUUCCACACUAAAGUGCCCAAACAAGUCACAAAACUUCGUCAUACACACAUACCGAGAACAAGUUUGGAUCUGGAACUUGAUCUACAGGCUCAACAUAGUAAAUUAGAUUUCCUAAACGAUCAAAUAGCCAAGUUGCAGAACUUAAAGGAAGUUCUCGAAAAGGGCCGUGACAAUCGCGAUCCCUUAAUUGCCGCAUGGGCUAUUGAGAAUGAAGAGUUUCAGCGCUUGGUCGAGCGUGCUGAUCCAGCGAAAUGCCCAGAAGAAAAGCAAUUGCAUAAGCUUUUGAUGAAAACUGCCAAAGAAAUUUAUAAGCUGCGGAAAACCAAGGUGCCGAAGGGAUCACCCGAUUUGUUGUCGUUCAAGGAAAAAAUGACGUUCUUCACACGUAAAGGUUUUCCAGUGCCCGAGUUACCAGAUCGUGCCGAUUACGUGCUGACCGAUGGCGAUCUCAUCGAAGAGGAAGAUGAGGACGAAGAGGAAGACGAUGAAGAGGACAAGGCACGCGAAACAGCGAUCGCAAUCAAUACAGCGCUCGUAGCUAGCAACAAUAGAAAUAAGAAUCUCAAUGAGAAUCAUGCAGGUGGAGCGAUCAGUCGAAGAGAACUGAAUGCAGCGAAAACCACAGCAGCUGCAGCUGCAGCCGCGGCUGCCAACGCCAGCGCCAGCGCCGCAUCGACAGCAACAGCAACAGCCACAAAUAUAUCAUUAGCGCCAAGCACAAGCGCUGCCGUAGCAGCUAAAGCGCCAGCGCCGAACAACAGCAGUCCCAGCAGUGACGAUCAAAAAGAUCAACGUUUUGAAUAUGUGGUCGAUCGGAAUUAUGGCGUUGAAGUGUGAAGCUUUUAGAACAUAAACUGUUUUUUUUUCUAAAUAAAUACAUAGCUGUAAAUAUAAAUAUUUAUAUAAUUUUAAUAGCCGCCAACGGGAUAGCGGAAAACUCAAGAAACAAAACAAUUGUGCCUUACUCGUAGUUUUAUAGGAAAAAAAUAUGUAGAUGAAAUGACGACAAGCGAAAAUUAUAUUCACUGAAUAUUUUUAUAAAUC